AUGGGUGCUCUUCACCACUUCCUUGGCAUUGAAGUCACACGAGACAGCCAAGGUCUCACGCUUUCACAAGGACGUUAUGCUCGUGAGCUCCUUGAUCGUGCCUCUAUGGGAGAGUGCAAACCCAUAGCCACUCCAAUGCCUAUUAAAGGACGGACACAUGCCUCCACUACAGCUUACUGCAAUCCCACCUAUAAUCGUAAACUUGUAGGAGGACUUCAAUACUUGACGUUCACUAGACCGGAUCUUUCAUAUAGUGUAAAUUUUGUAUGUCAGUUCAUGCAUGCACCAACUAUGGAACACUUCCAGCUUGUCAAGCGAAUUCUGCAUUAUGUGCAUGGCACUCUCAAUCUCACUUUCCGUAUCCUUGCUGCAAGCUCACUUGAUUUGUAUGCAUUUUCAGACGCCGACUGGGCAGGAUGUUCACUUACUCAAAGAUCCACAACUGGCUUUUGCACUUUUCUUGGAUCCAACUGCAUCUCUUGGAGUGCCAAAAAGCAACAAAUUGUUGCUCGUUCUAGUACCGAAGCAGAAUACAGGUCCAUGGCGUCCACUGCUGCCAAGCUCACUUGGCUCACCUUCAUCUUACGGGACCUCCAUGUACCACUUUCCAGACCACCGAUCUUGCACUGUGAUAACUUGAGUGCACUUCAUCUAUCUGUUAACCCAGUGCUCCAUACCAGGACCAAACACAUUGCACUGGACAUUCAUUAUGUCCGCGAACAAGUGGCCCUUGGUGCUCUCGAAACUCGCUUUGUCACCUCUUCAUUACAACUUGCAGACAUAUUCACCAAGCCGCUUGCCAAAUUGCCAUUCCAAACCAUUAGAUCCAAACUCAGCCUCUGUCCUGACCUGCGGCUUCGUUUGAGGGGGGAUGAUAAGAUCAAUCUACAGGACAUUAACCCCUGA